UCAAAUUAUUUAGUAUUCUCUUCGCAGUCGAACUUGGAUUCUUGGCAAAGUCAGAUAUCUACUCAUCCAGUAGAGUGUUAAAAUAAAAAUAUUUGUUUGUGUUUGAAUUGAAAUUUAAAAAAAAAAAAAACAAAAAAUGGCAAAACAAAAUACAGCCAUUAUUUUCUCCACUUUGCUCGUAGCCUUUAUUCAGAUGGCGUCAUCAGCCAGUAUCGACCAGGCCUCUGCCACACCUUCUCCAAAUAGUGGACUUUUUGCUGCCGAUUUUAUCGGACAAAUCACAAAAAACAAAGCUAACGAAAAUGUCAUAGUGUCACCAAUAUCCAUUCAAACAGCUUUGGCUAUGACAUACCUUGGAGCUGCUGGAAAAACAGCUGAAGAACUACAAACUGCACUCCGUUUGCCAUCAACUGACAAAGACCAAGUUGGUGAAUAUUUUUCACAGGUUUUAAACAAAAAAUCUGGUGAAGCUAGUUUAAAUAUUGCCAACAAAAUUUUCAUCAAUUCCGAAUUCUCACUCAAUCCUGAAUUCAAUGGUCGUUCGGAAAAAUAUUUCAAAACAGGUGUAGAAUCACUAGAUUUUAAGAAAUCACCUUCGGAAUCCGUUGAGACCAUUAACACUUGGGUUGAAAAUGAAACAAAUAAGAAAAUUACCAAUCUUAUGAAACCAGGAUCUAUAGAUCAGGAUACUAUUUCAGUAAUUGUCAAUGCGAUCUAUUUCAAUGGAAAAUGGAAAGAACCUUUCAGUCAGGAUCUUACACACAAAAGUCCAUUCUGGAUUAGUAAAGAUCGAUCAAUUCAAGUUGAUAUGAUGAGUGGCAGCGAUAGACGUAUAAAGUAUGGUGAAUUUACGGAAUUGAAUGCAACUGCCGUCGAAAUGCCAUACAAAGAUUCAGAUUUAUCCAUGAUGUUGAUACUGCCAUCACAGAAGGAUGGUUUGGCCAAUUUAGAGGCCAAGUUGAGCUCGAUACCCAUCAAUGAUUUAUCAUCAAAAAUGACAGUUAAAAAAGUCGACUUGAUGGUACCAAAGUUCAAAAUUGACUUUUCGAUUGCAUUAGUUCCUAUUUUAAAAGAGAUGGGAAUCAAUUCAAUGUUUGAGAAAGCUGAUUUGCCUGGAAUCUUUGGGGAGUCGGUUCCAAAUGUAAAAAUAUCUGAUGUUCAACAAAAGGCUUAUAUUGACGUCAAUGAAGCUGGAUCUGAAGCUGCUGCCGCUACAUUUUUGCAAAUAUCACUUAUGUCACUUGAUUAUAAUUUGAAGUUCUUUAAAGUCGACCGACCAUUUUUCUUUGCUAUAAAAGACGAUAAUACUGUUUAUUUUGCUGGCCAUAUUAUAAAUGAACUAAUUAGCAAAAUAAGUGGGGAAACCCACAUGAUAACGGGAACAAAUUAUCUUUUUGUGCUGCCAUCUACCACUCAUUUAUAUCCUUCCAACAAUUUUUGGCCAAGAAGCACAACCUUGGAUUCAAGAAAAAAUGAUACCUUUCCAUCGAUUCUCUUUAAUUCGGUUUCAAACCAAGAUGAAAACAAAAAUAUAAUCAUGUCCCCGUUUUCCAUUCAAUCGGCUUUGACACUACUCUAUAUGGGUGCUGAAGGCGAUACCGCCAAGGAGUUCGAAAAUGUCCUCCAUUAUAAUUCAUCGAAUAAAAUAGAAACUGCAGCUAGAUAUUCAAAAAUUCUCAAAUCAAUUUCAUCAGCAAAUAAUGGAACAAUGCAAAUCCAAAGUGCCAACAGAAUUUACACUAGAUUUGAGCUUGUUCCGAAAUUCAAUGAAAUUGCCGAGGCAUAUUUCCAAGCGGAGGCGGAAAUGGUGGAUUUUAAGUUGAGAGAAGAAACUGCAAAGAAAAUAAAUACUUUUGUUGAGGAAAAUACAAAUAAUAAGAUCAAGAACUUAAUUAGUCCCAAUUCAAUCGAUGACACCACAACUGCUAUGCUUGUGAAUGCUAUUUACUUUAAGGCACAAUGGGCAAAUCAAUUCAGCAUGCGUGCCACCAAAAAACGACCAUUUUACAUGAGCGACAAUAAAACCGUUGAUGUGGAUACAAUGUUUGGUGAGAUUAGUUGUAAAUAUGUUCCGUUACCUGACCUCGACGCUACAGCUAUUCAGUUGAGAUAUGAAAAAACUAAUAUUGUUAUGGAUGUGAUCCUUCCUAACAAGCACGAUGGUUUGAGAGAUCUGGAGCACAGACUUUCUGUGAUGGAUUUAGGCAAAAUGUUUGAAAAUAUUAUUGAGCAAGACGUCAACGUUAGGCUGCCCAAGUUUAGAAUUGAGUUCGAAACUAAUCUUAUUCCUGUUCUCAAAGAGAUGGGAAUGAACAAAACUUUCGAAUAUGGUGCCAAUUUCAAGGGAAUAUUUGAUACAGUUCGACCUGCCAAGAUUUCUGAGGUUAUUCAUAAAGCUUUUAUAGAUGUGAAUGAGAAUGGAUCUGAGGCUGCAGCCUCAACAUAUACUAAACUCGUGUACCUAUCUGCUGGUUCUGUACCUGAAGACACAUUCACUGCUGAUCACCCAUUUAUGUUUGUCAUUAGGAAUCCAGAAACAAUAUUUUUUAUUGGUCAUGUUAAAGCGUUUUGAAAUCAAAUGUAAUACUCGUAGAUUAAUCAAUUAAAUUCGUUUACAUGUUAUAAUACUUAUUUUAAAGUACUUGUAUGGUGUUUAUUCCAAAGAAUAUUGUUACAGUUCAAAUUUUGUUGAAAUACAAUGAUAUUUAUAGAAAGUUGAAA